CAAAAGACCUUAUGUGAGGAACUAGAAGGCCACAGGUUCCUGGGAAUGCAGUAUAAUGGUUACAUAGUAAGUCUUUUAUUAAAGUAAGUCUAUUGGUAAAGUUAGUUACAUUUAUAUUAUAAUAUUAUUCAUGAGGGAUCUCCUAUCUUGAAUGCCCAGUUCCAACUCCUAUUCAUUUUUCAAACCCACUAUAUACUUCUUUCUGUGAAGUAUUUCUGAAUUUCUGUGAUCUUAUAGAGUUUGCAAUACACGUUCCAUCACCAAAUUAAGAGAAGUUUAAUUGAUGCAUUUUACAAAUUAAACUUGCAAUUUGGCCAUGCUUAUGGCACAGAUCAACAUUAUGAUCAAUUCACUGCCAUGUUAAAAAAAAUCAAUGAACAUUGUUUAGCUGACCUGACUAAUUUUUUGUAAUAAGUUGGCCAUCAGCAUGAUUGAUUGAGUUGUCUAACCUACCCCUGACUUACAUAAGCAAAAGUCAAAUUGGAGGUUAUUAAAGAAAACAAGCCAAUGAACUAUCUCUAAAUUGAAUGAUGUUUUCCUAUGCUACUAAUAAAUGGUUGAUUAAUGGCCAACACCCUUCAAAGAGUUGUAGACCCUGUCCAAGUGGUAAAGAAUUUGAACUUAAACCAACUAGACUAAGGGAAGCCAUAUGGGGUUCUGUAGCAUAUAGUACACAGUACAGUGUGCUUGGAGAUUGGGAAUGAGUCAAGCUUGUCCUUCAAAUAUGUGACCUCACCUCUCUGAAGUGUGCUCUGUAAAAGGAUAGGUGACUGUAGAUGUGCCAGGUGAUUUCUAAGACCUUCUCCAACUUUACCAGUUUGUGCUUCUGUGUAUUUCACAGGGAGGCUGGCCUGAUUGCUCGGAUUGGCUGAAUCCAAGUCAGAAUCUGAAGUCAGUGUUAUUCCCCAGGGCUCUUCCACAAGCACCCUUGCUGACCAUCCCAACCCACCUACUUGGAUUUAGAUUCAGGCCAGCUGCUACUGGGCUUUGGCUUUUCAUUUGCCUUUUGUUUUUUACAUUUUCUGUGUAAUUCUUAAGUCAUCCAGUCCAGCCCUACCCUGUCUACCAUGCCUGGCCAACCCUCCUGAAAGGGCUAAGCUGCUGUCUAUGCCCAGUUCCUCUUAGGCACUGAAUGAAUUGUGGCCCCAGCUUUCACACUAAGCUUGGAGACCAGCUGUGCCUUUGGGCUUUUCCCAGAGAUGCUGGCCGAGGCUGUACCUGCAGUGUGGGGGACUUGCCCUGGCCUGAGAGAGGAAGGAAACAGAGGGGGAAUCAGCAGAUCAUUUGUGCCCAUCCUCUUCUUUGCACACUUGUACAUUUAUAUCAUCCAAGCACACCAGGGAAUUUUUGUCUCUAUUAAUUAACUAAUUAAUACUAAUAACAUGCAAGAAGAACAAAGGAGAAAAAGAAAAUAAAAUUAAAGAAAGGAUAAUCAGAUUUUUCUCUAGGAACCAGAAAAACCACCACAGAAAUUUAAAGUGGUCAGAUUCAGAAAUGCUGAAUUGGGGAUCAAGGCCCUUGGGUUUUAUCUUGUUCCCCUGGCAAUUAACUGGGUCUGUUUGGAUUUGCCUAAGGGGAUCUCUAAGGUUCUGUUUGCAUUUUAAAGUAGGUCUUCCACAAAAAAAGAUGUGUCAAAUGAAUUUUUGUGAAUGUAAUGCCUUUUUUAAUAGCACGAAAGAAGUUUUCUUCAGAGAUUCACACCAUAAGUUUGUAAUUAUAGGUUCCCACAUAUGGAGUGUUUGCCAAUAAUAUUUGAAAAUUUAUAUCUAAUCUAGUUAUCACAUAUUCCCUUUAGCUCAGCAUUAUAGUGCUAUUAUUAUACUUAUAUAAUUCAGAGGUUGCAAACUGGUCAGGGCCGUAAAAAGACUCAGAAAGCAAAUAGGUUCUUUUUGGCCUACACAGCUAAAACAGUUUUGGAUACCUUUUGGAGUUCAUGAACUCUCCAGCUUUUUAUAUGACCAUGACUUCCUACUGUGUUGACUCAACUGCCUUCACCUACCCUGCCCUAGAAGCCAUUAAGUUUGAGAUCCUUGGCAUAAUCAAACUCCUCCAUCCCUCCAUGACAAUUUGAUAACAAAAAAGGAAAAAGGAAGGAAGGAAGGAAGGAAAAAAGGGAGAGAGGGAGGAAGAUCUGCCUCUCUGAAAACGGCUGGCAGUAUAGUUUUCCAUGACGUUCAUAAGAUGGGUCAAUAAGAUGACUUCCUGAGGUUCCCUUUGUCCUGGGAAGCUAAACGUUUUUGUGUAGCUUUACUCUCAAACUGCUUACUGUAAAAUACAUAACAUAAGACACAAAGUCACAUGAUCUGUUCCAGGUCAUCCAGAAGGUGUGUGGUGAAGCCAAAAUGAAGAAUCCCUUCCCAGGUUCUGUUGCUUGGCCCAUUCAGACAUGUGGCUGCAGUGCUUGCUGAUGAAUGAUGUGGGCUCUUAGGAAUAGUUCCUUAUGCAAAAGAGCCUGAGCAAGCUCCAUUAUGUCCUUGCAAGGGGAUACACGUUAUUGUUCCUUAAUGCAUUAUGGAGACUAUUAUAGCUCUUCCUCCCAUAUGCACCCUCCAUCUGCGAACACUAACACACUCUACAGGGUGUUUGGCUUUGGAUAAUGUGUGAACCCGGAACAUAAUUUUGGAAAAUGGUUGGAGAAAGGAAUUUAAGAGUCAGGGGCCAGACAAAAGUCCGAGAAAUGAAUGUCUUUAAAAAUAUCCAUGUAGAUUCAGCAUUCAGAAUGUAUUUAGUGAAGCCCUCUUUCCUUCCCAAGGGAAAUAAAAUGUACCCUCCAUUAAGAAUCUGCUGUAAUUUCUGUCUUUGGCUCCACCUGCACUAGCCAUCUACAUUAUUUAAGGUUUAGAACUUGUAGUUGAUAAUACCACAAAAGGCACCCUAUCUCUACUGAUUCCAACUGCUCAUUCCUGCCUUUCAUCCUCAACAUCCAUAAAAAAAGACUCUGAUUCAAUAUGAGACCUCAAACCUGUAAAUAAUGAUAGCUAACAUCUAUUGGGCACUUGCUAUGUGUCAGGUGCUCUGCCAAAGGCUUUGCAUUUGACAUCACAUUUUAAUUUUCUCACUACUCUUACAAAGUAAGUUAUAUGGUCUCCAUUUUCUAAAAGAGCAAACUGAGACUUAGAAAGCUUCAAUAACUUGCCCAAGGUCACCGAGCUGAAUUUGAAACCAGGUCUGUCUCUCCAGAAGCCACACGCUUAACUCUAUGCUAUAUUCUUCCUGUUUCGGACAGCUUCAGGCCCUUGUGGGUGUGACAGUCAGCACAUGGACCUGCAGCAGAAGGGAGAGGGGCCAUCAGCCGUGGGGGAUCCUUCUGGGAGGCACAUCUCCAGACUUUGAUUUGGCUGAAGUGACUCAUGCCACGGACCUGUGCACAUGCCUGGAAUUGAGAGACACAGGUAAAAGAUUCCAAAUCGAGUCCUGCCUUUUGAAAACUCCAGAAAACCAUCCCUUCAGACUCUGGAAUUCGACAUAUCUCAACAAAGACUUUGUUUGAAUGUUUACAUUUUUUGCUUGCUGUCCUACAUAUCACUAUAUAGUGUUCCCAUUUUAUUAAAACUUACGAGCAUCAGAAGUGGAGCUUUCUCGGGGAGCCAGCAUGGCUAGGAUGAGCUUUGUUGUAGCAGCUUGCCGGUUGGUGCUGAGCUUGCUAAUGACUUCAUUAACUGAGUCUUCCAUGCAGAAUAGCGAGUGUCCACAACUCUGCGUGUGUGAAAUCCGUCCCUGGUUUACCCCACAGUCCACAUACAGAGAAGCCACCACCGUUGAUUGCAAUGAUCUCCGCUUAACAAGGAUUCCCAGCAACCUUUCUAGUGACACGCAAGUGCUUCUCUUACAGAGCAAUAACAUCGCAAAGACUGUGGAUGAGCUGCAGCAGCUUUUCAACUUGACUGAGCUAGAUUUCUCCCAAAACAACUUCACAAAUAUUAAGGAGGUAGGACUGGCAAACCUGACCCAGCUCACUACUCUGCAUUUGGAGGAAAAUCAGAUUACAGAGAUGACUGAUUACUGUCUGCAAGACCUCAGCAACCUUCAAGAACUCUACAUCAACCACAACCAGAUUAGCACUAUUUCUGCUAAUGCUUUUUCAGGCUUAAAAAAUCUUUUACGGCUCCACCUGAACUCCAACAAAUUGAAAGUUAUUGAUAGUCGCUGGUUUGAUUCUACACCCAACUUGGAAAUUCUCAUGAUUGGAGAAAACCCUGUGAUUGGAAUUCUGGAUAUGAACUUCAAACCCCUCUCAAAUUUGAGAAGCUUAGUUUUGGCAGGAAUGUAUCUCACUGAUAUUCCUGGAAAUGCGUUGGUGGGCUUAGAUAGCCUCGAGAGCCUAUCUUUUUACGAUAACAAACUGGUUAAAGUCCCUCAACUUGCCCUGCAAAAGGUUCCAAAUUUGAAAUUCUUAGACCUCAAUAAAAACCCCAUUCACAAAAUCCAAGAAGGGGACUUCAAAAAUAUGCUCCGGUUAAAAGAACUGGGCAUCAACAAUAUGGGGGAACUCGUUUCUGUCGACCGCUAUGCCCUAGACAACUUGCCUGAACUCACAAAGCUAGAAGCCACCAACAACCCCAAACUAUCUUAUAUCCACCGCUUGGCUUUUCGAAGUGUUCCUGCCCUGGAAAGCUUGAUGUUGAACAACAAUGCCUUGAAUGCCGUCUACCAAAAGACAGUCGAAUCCCUUCCCAAUCUUCGUGAGAUCAGUAUCCACAGCAACCCCCUGAGGUGUGACUGUGUCAUCCACUGGAUUAACUCCAACAAAACAAACAUCCGCUUCAUGGAGCCCUUAUCCAUGUUCUGUGCCAUGCCGCCCGAAUACAAAGGGCAGCAGGUGAAGGAAGUUUUAAUCCAGGAUUCAAGUGAACAGUGCCUCCCGAUGAUAUCUCACGACACAUUCCCAAAUCAUUUAAACAUGGAUAUUGGCACGACGGUUUUCCUAGACUGUCGGGCAAUGGCUGAGCCAGAACCUGAAAUUUACUGGGUCACUCCCAUUGGAAAUAAGAUAACUGUGGAAACCCUUUCAGAUAAAUACAAGCUAAGUAGCGAAGGCACCUUGGAAAUAUCUAACAUACAAAUUGAAGACUCAGGAAGAUACACUUGUGUUGCCCAGAAUGUCCAAGGGGCAGACACUCGAGUGGCAACAAUUAAGGUUAAUGGGACCCUUCUGGAUGGUACCCAGGUGCUAAAAAUAUAUGUCAAGCAGGCAGAAUCCCAUUCCAUCUUACUGUCCUGGAAAGUUAAUUCCAAUGUCAUGACGUCAAACUUAAAAUGGUCAACUGCCACCGUGAAGAUUGACAACCCCCACAUAACCUACACGGCGAGGGUCCCAGUAGAUGUCCACGAAUACAAUCUAACACAUCUACAGCCUUCCACAGAUUACGAAGUGUGUCUCACCGUGUCCAAUAUUCAUCAGCAGACUCAAAAGUCAUGCGUAAACGUCACAACCAAAAACGCCGCCUUCGCGCUGGACAUCUCUGAUCAAGAAACCAGCACAGCCCUCGCUGCGGUCAUGGGCUCUAUGUUUGCCGUCAUUAGCCUUGCGUCCAUUGCUGUGUACUUUGCCAAAAGAUUUAAGAGAAAAAACUACCACCACUCACUAAAAAAGUAUAUGCAAAAAACCUCUUCGAUCCCACUAAAUGAGCUGUACCCACCACUCAUUAACCUCUGGGAAGGCGACAGCGAGAAAGACAAAGAUGGUUCUGCAGACACCAAGCCAACCCAGGUUGACACAUCCAGAAGCUAUUACAUGUGGUAACUCAGAGGAUAUUUUGCUUCUGGUAGUAAGGAGCACAAAGACGUUUUUGCUUUAUUCUGCAAAAGUAACAAGUUGAAGACUUUUGUAUUUUUGACUUUGCUAGUUUGUGGCAGAGUGGAGAGGACGGGUGGAUAUUUCAAAUUUUUUUAGUAUAGCGUAUCGCAAGGGUUUGACACGGCUGGCAGCAACUCUAGGCUUCCAGUUUGUGUGGUUUUUUAAUUCUUAUCAUUAUUAUGAUUAUUAUUAUAUUAUUAUUAUUUUAUUUUAGUUUGUUGUGCUAAACUCAAUAAUGCUGUUCUAACUACAGUGCUCAAUAAAAUUAUUAAUGACAGGUUGGGGUUCCCCUGUGCUUUUACCAGUAGCAUGACCCCUUCUUCUGAAGCCAUCGGUAGAAAGUACCAAGUCCUCCAAAAAGCUAACAUAUGGUAUUGAAGCAGCAUUGAACCUUUUGUAGCAAUCUGGUCUACAGACUUUUAACUCCAGAAACUAAGGCUAGACUUGUUACCUUUGUUGAAUGAUGUUAGUUGACUGUACUGUAAUGUUGUAUCAACUGAAUUGAAUGUUUGCCUUUGAACAAUGACUUUUCUUUUUCUUUUGUAAUAGUUACAGAAGCUUAGAAUAAGCUAACAGGCAAUAGAAAUAUGUAUAUCAGAUUUUUUAAUGUAACAAACUACAUGUUAAUUGUUACCUUAUUCUUUUUAUCUUUAGUAGACACUUUUAAAAGAAAAGACAAUAAUUUUGUUGUGUUUAACUCACCAACAUGUGGUGUAUAAUGAAGACAGAACUAUAAUAAAUUAGUUUUGUUCUGAUUUUUUAGAA